CACACAGGGACAUCACCCUACAGCAGUUCAGGCUGUGUGGUUCGCAGGAAGCAUACUCUGGCUUUUCGAUUCUUGCUAGUUUUCAGUUAACAUUUUGAGAAGAUCUAACACCAGCCUUCACGUCAAGGGGGGCCAAGGACAGUGAGGAGCCGGUGGUCCCAGCCGGGAGUCCUGCCAGACUGACAUGGAAAUGGAGGCAAACGACCAUUUUAACUUUACUGGCCUUCCCCCUGCACCUGCUGCCUCAGGACUGAAACCCUCUCCUUCCUCAGGGGAGGGCCUCUACACUAACGGGUCUCCCAUGAACUUCCCCCAGCAAGGGAAAAGUUUGAAUGGGGAUGUGAAUGUUAAUGGCUUAUCUACUGUAUCUCACACUACUACUUCAGGGAUUUUGAACUCUGCUCCCCACUCCUCCAGCACCUCACACCUCCAUCACCCCAACGUGGCCUAUGACUGUCUCUGGAACUACUCACAGUACCCAUCUGCCAAUCCUGGCAGCAACCUCAAGGACCCACCCCUUCUCUCUCAGUUUUCAGGGGGACAGUACCCACUCAACGGCAUUCUUGGGGGCAGCCGGCAACCAUCCCCGAGUCACAACACUAACCUUCGGGCUGGGAGCCAAGAGUUCUGGGGCAAUGGUACCCAGAGUCCCAUGGGGCUUAACUUCGACUCACAGGAACUGUAUGAUUCCUUUCCUGACCAGAAUUUUGAGGUGAUGCCCAAUGGACCCCCAGGUUUUUUCACCUCCCCACAGACUUCUCCUAUGUUGGGAUCUAGCAUCCAGACCUUUGCGCCCUCCCAGGAGGUAGGCAGUGUGAUCCAUCCUGAUGAGGCAGCAGAAAAGGAGCUGACUUCAGUCGUGGCAGAGAAUGGCACCGGCUUGGUAGGCAGCCUGGAGCUGGAAGAAGAGCAGCCAGAACUAAAAAUGUGUGGCUACAAUGGCUCUGUCCCCUCUGUGGAGUCAUUACACCAAGAGGUCUCAGUCCUGGUCCCUGACCCCACAGUAAGCUGUUUAGAUGACCCUUCACAUCUUCCUGAUCAACUAGAAGACACUCCAAUCCUCAAUGAAGACUCUCUUGAGCCCUUCGACUCUCUGGCACCAGAGCCAGUGAGUGGAGGACUUUAUGGUAUAGAUGACACGGAACUGAUGGGUGCAGAAGAUAAGCUGCCUCUUGAGGAUAGUCCUGUGAUCUCUGCCCUUGAUUGCCCUUCCCUCAAUAAUGCUACUCCUUUCAGUCUCCUGGCUGAUGACAGUCAAACAUCAGCCUCUAUCUUUUCCAGCCCUGCCUCUCCACCUGUCUUAGGGGAGUCUGUUCUGCAAGAUAAUAGCUUUGACCUGAAUAAUGGCAGUGAUGUUGAACAGGAAGAAAUGGAGACUCAGGGUUCAGACUUCCCACCACUCCUGGCCCAGCCACACCCUGACCAGUCAUCCACUAUUCAGAUUCAACUACAUCCAGUAGCCUCACCAGCAGUCUCACCAACAGCCUCCCCAGAAAUCUCUGCUCCAGAAGUCUCCCUAUCAGUUUCUCCAGCAGCCUCUCCACGUCUCUGCCCAGCAGCCUGCCCAGUUCUCUCUCCAGUUUCCUCAGCAGUCUCUUCGGAAGUUGCCUUGACAGCUCCAGUGGGCUCCCCAAAAGCCUCCUCUGUAACUUCCCCAGCUUCUGCCUUCCUAGCAAAUAAAGACGUCAGCAGCUUCCAUGAAGCCACUGGUGACCUGGAAGAGAUCACUGGAGACGUCACUACUUCUGGUAAUGCUGAUGUCCUGAGGAGACGUAUUGCUACUCCAGAAGAAGUUCGUCUUCCCCUCCAACAUGGGUGGCGGAGAGAAGUGCGCAUCAAGAAGGGCAGCCACCGAUGGCAGGGGGAGACCUGGUAUUAUGGCCCCUGUGGGAAGAGGAUGAAACAGUUUCCAGAAGUGAUCAAGUACCUGAGCCGCAACGUGGUACACAGUGUGCGCCGUGAGCACUUCAGCUUCAGUCCUCGUAUGCCUGUUGGAGAUUUCUUUGAAGAGAGAGACACACCAGAGGGCUUGCAGUGGGUUCAGCUCUCAGCAGAGGAGAUUCCAUCCAGGAUUCAAGCAAUUACUGGCAAACGGGGUCGACCUCGAAACAAUGAGAAGGCUAAGACCAAGGAAGUCCCCAAGGUGAAACGGGGCCGAGGUCGGCCACCCAAAGUCAAAAUCCCUGAGCUGUUGAAUAAGACAGACAACCGUCUCCCAAAGAAGCUGGAGGCCCAAGAAACACUGAAUGAGGAAGAUAAAGCGAAAAUGAGUAAAAGCAAAAAGAAGAUGAGGCAGAAGAUACAACGGGGAGAGUGUCAGACUCCUAUCCAAGGGCAGGCCAAAACCAAGAGGAAACCAGAGACCAAGAGCUUAAAACAGAAGGAUCCCAAGAAGAAAUUGAAGGCUGAGAAAGAAAAGAUAAAGACAAAGCAAGAAAAACUGAAGGAAAAAAUGAAAAAGGAAAAGAAAGAGAAAGUGAAAAUGAAGGAAAAGGAUGAGAUGGCCAAAGCCAAGCCAACUUGUAAAGCAGAUAAGACCCUGGCUACCCAGAGACGCCUAGAGGAACGGCAGAGGCAGCAGAUGAUCUUGGAGGAGAUGAAGAAGCCCACAGAGGACAUGUGUCUAGCUGACCACCAGCCCCUGCCUGAGUUCACACGCAUCCCUGGUUUGACAUUGCCCAGUAGGGCAUUCUCUGACUGCUUGACCAUCGUGGAGUUCCUGCACAGCUUCGGCAAGGUGCUGGGCUUUGAUCCUACCAAAGAUGUGCCUAGCCUGGGGGUCCUGCAGGAGGGACUCCUGUGUCAAGGUGACAGCUUGGGCAAGGUGCAAGACCUGUUGGUACAGCUCCUAAAGGCUGCGCUCUAUGAUCCUGGGUUGCCCUCCUACUGUCAGUCUCUCAAGAUUUUGGGGGAGAAGGUGUGUGAGAUCCCACUGACAAGAGACAAUGUGUCUGAGAUCCUGCGCUGCUUCCUCAUGGCAUACGGAGUAGAGCCCACCCUCUGUGACAGCCUCCGUACUCAGCCCUUUCAGGCCCAGCCACCCCAGCAGAAAGCUGCUGUCCUGGCCUUCCUUGUGCAUGAGCUCAAUGGCUCCACCCUCAUCAUCAAUGAGAUUGACAAGACUCUGGAGAGUAUGUCCAGCUACAGGAAAAACAAGUGGAUUGUUGAAGGCCGGCUCCGGAGACUGAAAACUACUCUGGCAAAGCGAACUGGGCGGCCCGAAGUAGAGAUGGAAGGGCCAGAGGAAGGCCUGGGACGGAGGCGUAGUUCUCGGAUCAUGGAAGAAACGAGUGGCAUGGAAGAAGAGGAGGAGGAGGAGGAGGAGGAGACUGUAGCAGCUCUCCAUGGCCGAAGGGGUCGAAGAGACGGAGAGGUUGAUGCUGUAGCGUCUAGCAUCCCGGAGUUAGAGCGCCAGAUAGAAAAACUCAGCAAGCGUCAGCUCUUCUUUCGCAAAAAGCUGCUUCACUCAUCCCAGAUGCUUCGGGCAGUCUCCUUGGGGCAAGACCGAUACAGACGCCGUUACUGGGUGUUGCCAUAUUUGGCUGGUAUCUUUGUGGAAGGAGCAGAGGGGAGCCUAGUUCCUGAAGAUAUGAUAAAGCAGGAAACUGAUUCCUUAAAGACCCAUUCAGGACUCACUCCUGCCCUCUUCUCUGUGAAGAAAGAGUUAAGUGGCUCCAGCACCUCUGCCAGUUCUCCUGCCCGGACACGAGGCCGACCUCGAAAAACCAAGCCUGGCUCUAUGCAACCUAGGAACCUGAAGUCCUCUCUCAAGGGCCAGGAUUCAGAACAACCCCAGGACCAGCUUCAACCCAAGGCGCAGCCUGAACCUCAGCCUCAGGCUUCUACCCAGCCUCAUCCCCAGUUCGAGCCGCAUCCUGAGUCCCAGCUCCAGCCCCAGCCCCAGCUCCAUCAUGGGUUCUUAGAGCCAGAAGGCUCCCCUUUGUCUCUGGGUCAGAGCCAGCAUGACCUCAGCCAGUCAGCUUUCCUGUCUUGGCUGAGCCAGACUCAGAGCCAUGGCUCCCUGCUGAGCAGCUCAGUCCUCACACCUGACAGCAGCCCAGGAAAGCUAGACCCAGCCCCGUCACAGCCUCUGGAGGAGCCUGAGGAAGCAGAGUCUGGCCCUGAUCCUCCAGCAUCCUGGUUUAACUUCUCAGCUGAGGUGCCCUGCAAUGCUGCCCCUACACCACCCCCUGCAGUUUCUGAGGACCAACCCACUCCUUCCCCUCAGCUGCCUGCCUCCUCCAAGCCAAUGAAUAGACCUAGUGCUGCCAACCCCUGUUCUCCAGCACAGUUCUCUUCCACCCUCUUGACUGGGGUAACUCCUAAGAGGCGAGCAGCAGACUCUCGAGAAAAGCCACAGAGUCCCACGGGGCUGGGACAGCCAAAACGUAGAGGGAGACCUCCCAGCAAGUUCUUCAAACAGAUGGAGCAGCGUUACCUAACCCAGCUGACAGCCCAGCCAGUCCCCCCUGAGAUGCGCUCAGGCUGGUGGUGGAUCCGAGAUCCUGAGAUGCUGGAUGCCAUGCUCAAGGCCCUACACCCCCGAGGCAUCCGUGAGAAGGCACUUCACAAACACCUUAACAAGCACAGGAACUUCUUGCAGGAAGUCUGCUCACGGCCCUCAGCUGAUCCCAUCUUUGAGCCUAGUCAGCUCCCUCCCUUUGAAGAAGGGAUUAUGAGCUGGUCACCCAAAGAAAAGACAUACGAAACAGACCUAGCUGUGCUUCAAUGGGUAGAGGAUCUGGAACAGCGGGUUAUCCUAUCUGAUCUGCAGAUUCGGGGCUGGACAUGUCCUAGCCCAGACUCUAUUCGUGAAGACCUGGCCUACUGUGAGCAUCUGCCUGAUUCCCAGGAGGAUAUCACCUGGAGAGGUCGAAGCAGAGAAGGACUGGCACCUCAGCGUAAAAGUACUAACCCUCUAGAUCUGGCUGUAAUGCGACUGGCUGCUUUAGAACAGAAUGUUGAGCGGCGGUACCUGAGGGAGCCUCUUUGGUCAGCUCAUGAGGUGGUGCUAGAAAAGGCCUUGCUCAGCACACCCAAUGGGGCCCCUGAGGGCACCACGAAAGAGAUAUCAUAUGAGAUCACCCCUCGUGUUCGCGUCUGGCGCCAGACACUUGAGCGAUGCCGGAGUGCAGCCCAGGUGUGCUUGUGUAUGGGCCAGCUGGAGAGGUCCAUCGCCUGGGAAAAAUCUGUCAACAAAGUGACCUGUCUAGUCUGCCGGAAGGGAGACAACGAUGAGUUUCUUCUGCUUUGUGAUGGGUGUGACCGUGGCUGCCACAUUUAUUGCCAUAGGCCCAAGAUGGAGGCUGUUCCAGAAGGGGACUGGUUCUGUGCUGUCUGUUUGGCCCAGCAGGUAGAGGAAGAAUUCACUCAGAAGCCUGGUUUCCCAAAGCGAGGACAGAAGCGGAAAAGUGCUUACUCACUGAACUUCCCAGAGGCUGAUGGCCGCCGGCGCCGGGUCCUGUCAAGGGGCCGAGAAAGCCCGUCAUCGGUACCUCGGUACUCAGAGGAAGGGCUCCCUCCCUCCAAGCGACGGCGACUCCCCAUGCGGAACCACAGUGAUCUCACAUUCUGCGAGAUUAUCCUGAUGGAGAUGGAGUCCCAUGAUGCAGCCUGGCCUUUCCUGGAGCCUGUAAACCCACGACUGGUGAGCGGUUACCGGCGCAUCAUCAAGAACCCAAUGGAUUUUUCCACCAUGCGGGAGCGGCUGCUCCGAGGAGGGUACACCAGCUCAGAGGAGUUUGCAGCUGAUGCUCUCUUGGUAUUUGACAACUGCCAGACCUUCAACGAAGAUGACUCUGAAGUGGGCAAAGCAGGGCACAUCAUGCGCCAAUUCUUUGAGAGCCGCUGGGAGGAGUUUUAUCAGGGAAAGCAGGCCAAUCUCUGAGGCAAGGGAGGUGGGGGGUCACCUGGUGACCUCUCCCCCCACCUUCCAAACAAAAAACCUGCCAUUCACACCUGCUGAUGCUGCCUUGGCAGCGCCCACAUCCUUCAUCCCUAGUCCCCUUUCUCCCUUCCUCCUCUUGCUCCUCAAAUAAGAGGUGUGGAGAUGAGGUCCUUCUGGACUGAAAAGCCAAAAAAGAAAAAAUAAUUUUUCCUUUCUGUUUUAUUUCCUAAUUAAAAAUGAGGGGGAAAGAAGUCCCUACUUCCUCCUCCCAGCUUCUCCCUCACUGUCUAUGCCCCAGCAUUCUGGGGUUAUUUAACAAUAGCAAUAGUUCUAGUGAAUGUGUGAAACCGAGAAACACUCUGUACUGUGUGCGGACCCGCAGUGACGGCCAGUAAAGUGGACUUAACCCCCAGGCGUGUCACCGACACGGGCCCUGGACAUGCUGCUUCCACGUGCAGACCCUCCCUGUCUUGCUUCUUCUCAGCUUUCCUUCUCUUCCCUUCCCCUCCAUCCCCCAUUUUUUCAGAUUUUUCUCAUCCAAUAAUAUAAAACUAUUGUGUACGGGUUCUUCCUUCUUUCUCCCCCCAAAUCUUUUUCCCCCUCAAAGGAAAAAAAUUUAGAAGUCCCUGUCUUUCUCUUUGUCCUCAUCUUCCUGCUGAUAGCUAUCCCAUCUAAAAUGUCGGAUGCUCCUCACUUGCUGAGUUUCCAGCCUUUUCUGAAACUCAGUGGCUGGGGAGAGGGUAGGCUGGCACCUUGGGCCUUCCAACCUCCUUCCCCACCUGCUUCCCAAACUUCCCUCUUGGGAACUCCUCAGGGACAACUACUGCUGAGUUUGGGCGCACCUCUGAGAUGGAGGUCAGGUAGCAAUUGACUGGCCUCAGAGUGGAAGAGAGGUAGAUGUGUUGUGCGUGCAUAUGUGAGUGUGUGUGUGUGUGUGCGCGCGUGUGCGUGUGAGAGCCAUGAUUCUGACCCUGUUUGAUGGGAUCCAUUCAUUUUCCCCAAGUAUCUUUUUAUUCCCAUUUUUUCAUACCAUCACUUUUAUGUCUUUGGGAAACCACAGGAACAAUUUCUCUGGAUCAUGUCUGUUCCAGCCUCUUCGAACUGUGCAAUCUUUCAGCAGGCGUACUCUUCCCCCCUCAGGAGCUUUGAGUCUGAAGUUUUUGCAGGGAGAGGGGUAGAACUGGAUCUUUCUUAAUCCCAUGAAUAUCUGUGGGUUUAGUUGUGCUUUCCUUCCUUUUAUCUACUCAUCCUCCAGGACCCCUUCCCCAGCAGCAGAGACCCCUGCGCACAGGAGGGGGAAGGAGGGGUUCUGGGUUCACUGCCCUACAUGUGACUGUGCCCAAGUUGUGCCCCUCAUCUGUGAGAGGAAAACUGCUCACUCCGACCAUAGCCAUGGCCCUGACCCUGCUCCUGCUCGGCAGAGCCCCUCCCACCAGAGAUUACGGGUACUUGCACUGGGGAGGUGGCUGCUGGCUGCCUGAGCAGAGCUGAGGCAUCAAAAUGUCCACUGGUGUGGCACCGGCACUGUGCUGGGGAGGUGGAGCGUUCAUUCCAGUACUUCUGGCAGCACUGAAGAGCCACCAGGGGGCAGGGGCAGUGUAGGUCCUGGGCAGCCCCUUAGUCCUGUGUGUCCCUUCUCCCCCAGAGCCUAUUUCUAAAGUCGCCUUUUCUGUCAGAUAAACCUCAAAACUUUUAAUUUUGAGAUUUUUUUUUUUUUGCUUUUAAAUAAGUGGAUUGAAGAAUAUUUGAAUUGACUUUAUAUUAUGCAUAAAUAUUUAUAUUUUAUCUAAAUAACUGCGCUGUAACAAACUUUGUGUUAGACAUUUGGAACUGUUCCGAGUUGGGGGCUCAUCUUUCUCCCCAUGGCAGUUUUCCCCUGGCGUAAAAUGUAGAUUAAUUUUCAUCGUUGGAGGUGGGGUGGAUGGGGGGUAAGGUCUCAGCUGUUCCUGCGUUGUGUUCCACUCCCAGCUCCCUCUCGAGGGACCAGGCAUUCUGAAGGGGUUGGGGGUAGAGAGGGUGGGGACAGGGCUCCAUCAGAGGGGCCAUUUCUGACUUUUCUUUGCUCAUCUUCACUGCCCCCUUGAGUUAGGUGGAUUUUCUCUAUUGGCAAGAGUACUUGGUAGGGAAGGCAGAUUAAAAAGUAAAGCAGCCCAGCCCACCCCUUUGUUUCCCUCUCCCCAUCAGUCUCCUAACAGCAAGCAACCACACCACCAACACCAAGUUUCCAUGUUCCUUUGACAGCAAAAGGGACUGACUUUUUAUAUAACCAAAUGUGGUGUUUUAGUGACUUUUUGAUAAUGUACAGUUUUUUGUGAAUUUAAAUUUAUUUCUUUCUAUAUUUUUAGGACCAAUCUCAUUUUUAAUAAGGUUAAAAAAAAAGAAAAAAAAAGUCUAUAGAGAAAAAAGCCUCCUGUUUUUGCCAUGUGAUGUUCCACAAGUGCAGCUGUAGAAAAGUGCUUGUCAGGUGAAUAAAACCACAUUUGAUAGAGA